CCCAAGCCCAAUUUUAGACCGGAGUUCCAAUUUGCCCAAGCUGAUGAAAUAAAUAAAAGCUGUCCUCUCAUGUGAAACUAGCCAUCAUAUGACAAUGAAGGUGUGCCAAAACUUGGUCGAUUUAGAUCCAGCGGGGAUCAAGACAUUUUUUGAUUCUUUCGAUACGGUGUUGUGUGACUGUGAUGGGGUGUUAUGGUUAAGUCAAGAGGCCAUUCCGGGAUCUCCGGAGGCCAUCCGAUUGCUCAAGAGCCUCGGGAAAAGAGUCAUCUUUGUCACGAACAACAGCAACCGGACCCGCAAUGAAUAUGCCAUCAAAUUCAAGAACUUGGGAUAUGAAGAUAUCACCAAGGCUGAUAUCAUUCAAGCUGGAUUCUUAACGGCGGCAUACCUUCACGAAAAGCAUUUCUCGAAGAAGGUCUAUGUGAUCGGUGAGGAUGGUCUUGAGUCUGAACUUCAGGAGCUUGGAAUUUCCUAUAUUAAUCAACGAGACGAUCCAUUGCCCGAUGGAUGGAAUGAAGACAAGAUCCGAGAGACUCUAGACAACUUGGAUCCGGAUGUUAAUUGUGUUAUGGUGGGAUUUGACCCUAACUUUAGCUACAUGAAAAUGCUGAAAGCCUGCAAUUAUAUUCAACGAAGUCCAGACUGUCACUUUGUGGUAUCGGAUGUCGAUGGAACAUUCCCGGCGAAAAAAAAUCUGUUGUUGCCGGGUACAGGUCCGAUGGUAAGCGCCAUAAAAACCAUAACUGGAAGAGAGCCCACCGUAUGCGGGAAACCAAAUCCAUUCGUCUUUGAAACCAUCCAGAGAAUUUUCCCCGAGGUUGUCGGCGAGCGAACGAUCAUGAUUGGUGACAGAGCUAACUCCGACAUUCUCUUGGGAAACCGUUGUGGACUGAAGACAUUAAUGGUGGGCACAGGAUGCCACAAUAUGGAACACAUUCAACAAUGGCAGACAUCGGGACAAGAUGAUUUGGUGGCCAACUUCUAUGUCGAAUCGUUGGGAAAAAUCGUUGAUUUUAUGAGCCAAAGGAAUAAAUUGGCUUGUGAUGCAAAAAAGGAGACAGUUUUUCGUUUUCUUCUCGAGGACUUCAACAAGACGUUGGUUGUAUUCAUGUCCUUUAAGGCUCUGGGUCGGGUUCUUUCCUCGUGUUCAUGGGCUCUCAAAGGAUCCCAGCAUUUGACUACUAGACGGUUCUCUAUUUCGUCCCACAUCAUGAGCGGGUACCCCCAAACUUGCCAAGAAUUGGCCAAACUGAGCCCGGCUGAGGUUCAAAAAUUCAUGGACUCCUUCGAUACGGUCAUGACCGAUUGUGAUGGGGUUUUGUGGAUGGGAGACAGAGCAUUCGAUGGUGCCGCCAAAAUGAUUUGCAAGUUCCGAGAAUUGGGGAAGAAAGUGUUCUUCUGUACUAACAAUAGUACCAAGUCCAGGGCAGAUUACGUUGAAAAGUGCAAGAAACUGGGUUUUGGUGGGAACAAGGACGAGAUCAUAGGAACCAGCUACUUAGCAGCGACUUAUCUCAAAGAUAUGAAUUAUAAGGGGACAGUGUACGUUGUCGGUACAAAUGGAGUCAAAGAUGAGUUGGAUGAAGUUGGAAUUCCUUGCAUUGGGAUUGGGCCUGAUCCUAUGCCUGAUCAAUGGUCCUUAGAUAAAAUGGCUGAAAUCGCAUCAAAAGUAGGCCCAGAAGUCCAAUGUGUGAUUGCGGCUUUUGAUAACCUAAUAAGUUAUGUCAAGUUAAUGAAGGCUGUCUCGGUUCUGAGUCGGCCCAAUUCGGUGUUCGUCGCCACCAACACGGAUGAGCAAUUUCCGUUCUCCUCAAGCUGCAUUCUUCCAGGAACUGGUUCAAUGGUGGCUGCUAUCGCCGCAUCGGCCGAAAGAGAACCCGUGGUGAUGGGUAAACCAUCGCCAAUGAUGUUCGAAGUGGUUCAGAAACAUCAUCCCGAAGUAAAUCCUAAAAGGACAUUGAUGAUUGGAGACAGAGCCAAUACUGAUAUUUUACUUGGAAAAAAUUGCAAUCUGUACACCUUAAUGGUGGGCACUGGUUGUCACUCUUUGGCAAAUAUACGGGAGUGGGAAAAAUCAGACGACCUCAAAACAAAGAGAUUGGUAGCUGACUUUUACCUUGACAAGUUGGCCGAUCUUUAUGGACUUCUUCAGUGAUGUUUAUCCGAAAUCCUGGAGGACUGCUAAUUAAGUCGGCAUUUUUAGUCAACAAAACAAUCAAAAAAUAUCGUCUUUAAAUUGUGUAUUCAUGUUGUUUUGUUUGGUGUUUUCAAAAGGGAUUGUCGUGAAUAAAACAUUCAACGUAAUUAGACAA